AUCAAGCUAAACGCAAACGCACAACUUAUUUGCGCGCGCACAUCCUUUUGCACUUGACAGAACCUCCUAGUAUCCUACUACAUAUAUAGGGUGGCCAUAGUAUAGGUGCAUACGACUUGCGGGGAACUCGAGUUGUGCGAAGCUUACGCGAGUUUACGCGUCAGUAGACGCUUGACCACAACUGAGAAUACAUACAUACAUCGGCCAAGAAUUUACACCAUUGCAAGUUCAAUUUUGGCGCAUACAUAAAUCAAUCGGUUACCGUUGACUAAAACUCGAGUUUAUUCGAAAACGUAAACAAGCCUACAUAUCGCUCGUGCCGUACUUGCGAGCGAGCCCUCUGUGCAGCAGUAGCAAGAGCUUUGAGAAUUGCUCGGAACUUGACUAGCUCGUGCGGCAGCAAAGCUCCCUCCAAGUGGAGCCUAGAUCAUCGAAAAUUGAAGGAACGCUGCAUUGCAAAACAUCGGCACAGCCACUCGUUCAAAUGAAAGACCAACUGACAUGAAGGACAUAAUCGAUUGAUUUUAGCAUCGACAAACUUGAACGAGAAAAUAGGAGCGAUCGACGGGGCAGAGAACGAGCUGUAAGAGAAUAAACGAGUGCAUAUAAGGCCAGUGACAGCAGACGACAAAAGAGCAAAAGUAGGACAACGUCGGCUGCCAGUGUGAGUGGCUUAAGUGGAAAUUGGCAAGUGCGUGCCCGGAAACCAGAUCAGGAACACUAUAUACAGGCCGCAGGGUAAGAGCGAUCAACACGAGCUCGGUCGGAGGCAACACAAAGCGUCAACGUACUUUGUAAACAAAGGGCAUGGCCGGGGAGAACAUAGUAAGCGGGGGUGGGGGCAGCACCAAACCCCUAAUACCCUUAUUCUCCAAACGCACCGACUGCAUCUACACUAGCUGCUUCUGCGAAGAAAAUGUUUGGAAACUAUGCCAGGAAGUUGCCACAAAGCAUGGCUCGGAGCUUCAACACUGUUACGUGGCUUUUAUCAGCAAUCCUGGUCGUAGCGUACCUUUAUGGAGACAACGCGCUGGCAAAGACGAGGAUAAAAUAGUCAUAUGGGAUUACCAUGUGAUUUUGAUCUAUUCUCCGGAUGAAAGGGCAGUGGUUUACGAUCUUGACAGCGAAUUGCCUUUUCCCACACAUUUUUGGAAAUAUGCAACGGAAACUUUUAGGAGAGAUGAAGCGCUACCGACCGAGUGGCACAGGAUGUUCAGAUUAGUUACUGCGAGUGAUUAUCUCAAACAUUUUGCUUCUGAUAGACAACAUAUGAAGAGAAAAGAUGGGACUUGGAUUAAAAAUCCUCCCGACUAUAGUCCUAUUUGUACACCGACUUGUUCGGAUAAUUUGGAUAGUUUUAUAGACAUGGAUCCGAAUCAAGGUUUAGGAACUGUUAUGACUUUGAAACAAUUGUUCGAUCGAUUUUACAGUAGAAACAACGUUACAACUAAUGCAGCUCCUCCUCCUCAACCCCAAGCUAAUUCCAACGAUAAUUUACGCAAAUGCACAGGAGUGUCGAGCGCAAUUGUGUGAAAGCGAGGUCAACAAAAUGUAUAAAAAAUAGAAAGAGCUAGAACGAGAGAGCAGAAGAUUAUAUGAGAACAUCAGGAAAGUUGGAGGUUUUCGGUUUUGCAACGCUUUAAAUAUUCUUAAAGGUAAACGAUACAAAAAAUCUUCUCUUCACUGCCAUAAUUAUGUGGUCGUCUUCGAAUUCUUAUGAUUGCUCAAAUCAAAUGCAGCUUUACAUUUUCAACGAGUCGCAAAACUUCUCGAAAAAUUAAAGUACAGCUAUUUUUCAAUUUUAAUAAAAAUUGAUAAUUCACUAAAGCAUUCCGCACAAAAUAUAUGUAUAUAACUUCUUUAAUACUAACUACUAUCAAUAAGUAUGAAAUGAAAAUUGGUUUUUAAACUAUACAAAUUUAACCGGUGCAUACUAAUGUGAUUUCAAGAAUAAUUAUUGCACCGAAGACUGACAAAAAGCAAACAAAACGUAUUUCUACAAAAAUACAAUUUGUUUGCUCAAAAAAUGUUCUGCGAUUACCUUAGUUUGAUUCAAUGUGAUAGCUGCGCUUAUAAUAAGUAAAUGGAUAAUUAAGUAUAAGUAUUGAGUCGAUAAUGACUCGUUGUGACAACAUUAAUGGAUUAAAAUCUUGAAACAUUAUAUAAAAUAAUUAAAGCUCCUUGACAAAGGAAAAAAACGCUUAUAAAUCUCUUCAAAACUAAAACUGAUUGUAAAAAAGAUUUUUCUUAGCGUUCAACUUCAUGAUAUUUAAACUUAAGCUUGAGUAAUUUGUGCAAUUUGCGAAAUAAUUUUGGUUAAACGUGGCACAUUAUUGGUAAUUUUUUGAAGCUUUUACAUUCAACUAUCUUGUCUGAACAUUAUCUUGCGUUGUAAUUGUAAUGUUAUAUCAAACAAUUAUCUCAGUAAUUCUUGUGAUACUUUACACUUUCUACUUUUUAAUACCUGUUCAAUGUAAAUACAUAAAAUAUACAAAAUGGCUUAAUAUAAUAAUUACAAACUUUUUGUAAAUAUCAUAAAAAAAA